AAAGGGGUGGGAUGAUAGGUCAUCUGUUUGGGGUUAUUUAUAUCUCAGACAAUUUGGAUCUGACAGGGUCCGACACUACUAGUACUAGUAGUUAACUACUGCUGGGGCUGAAGCUGUGGCGGCUUACCAUGGCCCCCAAUGGCUGCACGAUCCGAAUUCACUGCUCCGCCAUCUCUCAGCCUCGUCAGGUCCAGUUGGGCACAUCUCACAUCUCACGUCAUCGAUACUGUAUUCUUUGUGGGAUUCUUUGUAUGUUGCUGCUAGGUUGGAGUGCCUGGAGGUCAGGAACGAUGGGGAAUGGGUUUGAAGUGGUGUCUGAUGAGAUGGUUCAGGGAGCACGCUUUUAGACGUGGUGAGUCCCAACGCAGGAAUUAGCAAA